AAAUUCCAUGAGUUUUGUCUACUUUGGUGUCCUAACGUCACGCAAUAACGUACAAACUGGUUCUAAGGCUAACUUAUGGAUCCGACGUCUUCGAUCAGGGGUUAUUGUUACACAAUACACGACUCGUAAGAUAUUAGUCGAUAAUGUUUUUUCUCUUCCUUGUUAUCCAAAUAUGGAAAUUGUAAAGAAAAAAUAAGUACAUUUAUGUUUUACUUCCUUUUGCUUUCCAAGAAUUGACCAAGACUGUAAUGUGAACUUUAACCAACAGUUUAUAUUCAGUUCUACGAGGAUUCAAAGGUAAAUAUUUAUUAACUGUCUGGUUUAUUGUGCUCGUUGUAAAGAAGCAAGAGAGCUUUCUUUGGAGCUGAACUGUAUCAACAGAAAGACAGAGCAUCCCCAGAAAAACUCCGCUGAAUUCGCCUUGAAGAUGGCAGCAACUCCGUUCUCGCUCGAAGGAGUGCUAACAUAUUUAGCAGAAACGUUCACAGCCGGUGUGAUUCAAUCUUAUCAGGGGCAGGGAAUCCUUGAAAACCUCCCUUUGACAGAACGACAAGAUCCUUUGCAAGAUUUUACAAAGUUCAAUCCGCAAGACACGGUCUUCCAGGAGUACGAUGCGCCACCAGACGACGAUAGCAAAAUGGCAUGGAAGAGAUCUCGGCCAGAAAAAUGGUGGAUGUCGCUUUGGAAGGCCAUGAAACACGCAUUUUACAUUCAAAUUGUAGGUGGGAUGGCACUCGGUUCGCUUGCUAUUCUAAUACUGAUUUUAGACUUUAAUUCCGUAGAUCUCUGCUUUGAUAAGCAGUCUACAAAUUGGAAGGCACUUACUAAACGGACUCAGGCAGUGAUAGUUACUGCGGCAACUAGCGAAGCCUACGUUGUUCAAAUGUGGACAUUUCUUGUCGUACUGGUGAUGUUUGGAUGGCCGGUGAUUAAGAAACUGAACCUGCUGACCCUGAAUUUGCUCGGUGCGUUUCUUGAUAGCUGCUAUAGACUAUAUCUUCAGGUUUAUGGAAACUACAUGGUAUCCUGGAGGUCGCUUCCUCUGAACGGUCUGUUCGUGUCGCUUUUGCUCAUGAACAGUUUACUACUUGGUAGAGAAGUCGCAAAGAAUAACGAAGCACUGACAACAAGGAGAUCUAGGAUAAAAAAAACCUUGAAGGUUUCUGCGAUGCUGACGGCUCAGUUUGCUUUUGGCAUACCGAUCACAUUUUACCUUGUUUAUAAGCUGAUUCCGUUGUAUAGAGAAGCAAAUGAAACCAUAAGAGCGAUCAUCGCUGGCGGACUCCCGCUUGUAACUGCCAUACCAAAGGUCAUCGUGCGUUUGGCGGCGCAAAGAAUCGACUUCUUUCACCCAGGAGACGCGCACGUGCUUUUGAGUGUCCUGUAUUACGCCUCCGCCAUCGUUUUCCGUGUGAUGCAGGCAGAUCUCACCAGCCUUCGACUGUUCAUAGCGCUGAGCUUCGCACACGGCGCGGUGGAUUUGCUAGAAAGGGUGACCAUUGUUUUGCGGGAUUACUUUUGGUAUUUUAUUUACAAGAAACUGAAACGAGACGGUAGAGAGACGUUCAUUGCCGCAAAUAAAUUUCGCACCCCGAGGAGUAUGCGCUUCAUCGCAGACAUGAGCAUUCAGAUUAUUCUCGGAGAAUCAACAGCUCUGAUCGCAGCCGUUGGAUUCAUACAGCUGUUUAAAUUCAUGUACUCCCCUGAAACAUCGUCCUCAUCCAACGUCCAAUUUGUAACACAGUUUUUUUUUCGCGUGUCUAUUGCUCUAAGUAUCGAUUUCUUCUUCAAUUCGUUCUCGUUUUGGUUGCAAAUGUCUUAUUUAAAUGUUGCGGUGGUGCGAGUUUGGAAGAAGAAAUGGCGUAAGCAUAUGCUUGUUGCUUUCAUUUUGACUGCUGUGACGUUGUGUUACUACACGACUCAUUUGUUUGCAGUGGUUGAAGCGAAGAACACUACAGGCGCCAAAAAGCCUGCUUUUAAUUGUACAAGGCCAUUUGCAAAGUUUUAGAUCGUAGUUUCGUCGAGAAAACUACCUCCUUCCCAUUCCGGGAAAUAUUCCAGUCUUUUUCCACAAAACAACGCCAUUGACUUAGUGACGUUAAUAAUCAGUAGUUGAACAAGGGUUUACUGUGUGACAAUGGAUUUCAAUCAUUUUUUUGGAUGUCAAUUGAGUAAAUUUCCCAUAAAAAGCUGUGGAGGCUAGUCAGUGCACUUCAGCAAUACAACAUAACCAAUUAAUAUGAAUUUAAGAGGAAAAUUCUUAGUUUUUUCA